AUGAUCUCACUUAUUUCCUACUUUUCAGUAUUAUUUUUCUUCCUAAAGCCUCUGGAUUUGUGUGUACCAACACAGGCUAUUGAAGGUUAGUGGUUAGCUUUUCAUCAAUUUUCCCAAAGAUUUCUAUUAUAGAACCAUUAUUUUUAACAACUUCGACCACAUCAACCACAACCACACCAGCCCCAAUCUGUCUCGACUCAACUUGGACACUUUUCGAUCGAGGAACCUAUUUUUGGUGUAUGAAAAUCUAUCGUGGCUCAAUUCUUGGACCACAAGCUGCAGCUUCCUGUGCCUCUCUGGACUCUUCAGCUGUACCAUCGGGAUUUCAAGACACAUCGGAAAUCUCAAAAAUGAUGAGUGUAGCGAGUUCUGAAGUUCCCGGCUCAUAUUAUCUUUUCAUCGGUGCUUAUAGAACUAUGGCUUGUGAAGCAGUUGUGGAUGUUGAUGCAACUUGCACUUAUCAGAACUCAUUUGCUUGGACGGAUGGACAUACCUCUGGAACUGAUGGUUUUAAUUGGCGACCUGGACAACCGGAAAAUGGUUUAGCACCGUAUGGAAAAUAUCAAAUGUAUUGUUUGGUGAAUACUGAUGGAUACUUGGAUGAUACUUUUGAUGAUGAAUAUUUUCCAGGAGCUGUUUGUGGAAUGCUAGCUAGAUGA